UUGUUCUUUUAAUUGUCAUGGGUCUUAUUGUGGUUAGCGAGAAAACUGAAGAGAAAAGUGAAGAAUUGUAUUCAAUAAUUUCAUAUUCUACAACGUAUUCUGUCCAAUCUAUUGCGAUUGUAUUGGUUUUAUUUUGGGAAAAAGGAUUUAAUAAAGAGUUUUUUAUUUGUUUAUCUUAUGUAUCAUUGCCAUUAUGUCUUUCUGGUAUAGGAAU